UGAAGUGUGAAACAGGAUGUAGAAAUAUCUUUUUUUUCUCUCUCCUACAUUAGAAUGAACUGUGUAUAUUUUAAGAGACUUUUUAUUCUUGAAUAGUGUUGCAAGUGUGAUUUUUCCAACAUGUUGUUAUAUAAUGCUGCUUUAUCACAUCAUUCCACCUAUGUGCUCCUGCUGUUACUGCUAUGCUGUCCUGUACACACAAGCAGCAGCACAGUGCCCCAUCUGUCCCCUUUCUUCUUCCUCUGCAACUACCAUGGGACCACACAGAACUAUGGACUGAAGAAUGGCGAUGUUGUGGUCAGUGUGCAGAUUGAAGGCAACCCACAGGCAUAUGUCCCAGGAAAAUUUUAUCAAAUAAACAUCCUGUCCAGUGAAACAUUUGACAGCUUCAUGAUGACAGGGCUGUACACCACAACAGCAGAUAUCAAGACAGUGACAGGCAGCAGGCCCCACAAGGCACUGAGUCAGGGGGGACAGAACCUGAUGUGUUCCAUUGUCCACUCACAAGUCAGUCCUCAGCCUAUGAGGUCAAUCACUUUUGUGUGGCUUGCACCGCCUACUGGAACUGGUUGCAUCAAUUUCCUUGCUACUGCUACUCAUGGCCAACAACUCUUGUUUAAAGACACCACAGUUAUGCAGCUUUGUGAAGAAGGAGCUUCUUCCAUAGAGGCUGUUAAGCCUGCACUUACUGAGGUUAAUUCCGAUUCAUUUCUUCUGAGGGAUGAUUUUGAAUCUGAUGAUGAUUUUGAUCAUAAUAUUUGGAGCUCACAAGAAGGUGCAAGAUUAAGUUCUGAGUGUGGAAGUGUUGUACACGGACAAGCAGCAGUGUUCUGUGACAGUGAUGGCCGAAGAGAUCUUGUGACUGUUCCAUUGAAUUUAACUUCAGCACGUGUUCUGCAAUUUUCUAUCGGAGGGGGAAAAUGUAGAUCAAACCCACUAGAAGAUCAGGAGAUAGUUGUAAGCUAUGGAACAGAUGACUGCACUCAGUGGACAGCAUUUGAUAAAAUCAGAGCUCCAAUCUCAGAUACUCCAGAAGUCCACAUCGUCGGCCUACCACUUCCAGCUCGGACAUCAAAUGUUUGCCUCAAGUUUUUCCAGCAGCCCAAUUCACGCAAGAAUCUUCAGUCAGAUUCCCACUCCGCAAUAUUGGAUGCCAAACAUUCAUCUAAAGAUCCUGGUCACUCAACAUUGGGUUAUAAACCAACAACAAAAUAUACACCAACAUUGGGCUCUACUAAAACAACAAAAGAUGCUAGAACUUCAACAUUGGGCACUACAGCUAGUUCUUCAACAUUGGGCACUACAACUAGUGCUUCAACAUUGGGCACUACAACUAGUGCUUCAACAUUGGGCACUACACCCAGUACUUCAACAUUGGGCACUACACCUAGUACUUCAACAUUGGGCUCUACACUUAGAACUUCAACAUUGGGCACUACAACUAGUACUUCAACAUUGGGCUCUACAGCUAGUACUUCAACAUUGGGCUCUACAGCUAGUACUUCAACAUUGGGCACUACACCUAGUACUUCAACAAUGGGCGCUACACCUAGUACUUCAACAUUGGGUUCCACAGAUAGUACUUCAACAAUGGGCACUACACCUAGUACUUCAACAAUGGGCACUACACCUAGUACUUCAACAUUGGGCACUACACCUAGUACUUCAACAUUAGGCUCUUCAGCUAGUACGUCAACAUUGGGCUCUACAGCUAGUACUUCAACAUUGGGCUCUACAGCUAGUACUUCAACAAUGGGGACUACACCUAGUACUUCAACUUAUGCCUUAACACAAGCAUCAAAUGAUACUGACCUGUUUACAGAAACAUUCACAAAUAUCACAGCAGAUCCUGAUUCCAAACCAUGGAACUCCACUCAAAUAGUUCCUGAAUAUGAGCCAUUAACUUCUACAGAAAAAGACAUAGUUACAACAGAUUAUUUUGGCCUUGUUUAUCCAAAUGAUGAACCUCAAGAUGAUAUUAUUCUAGUACCCUACCACAAAUGUUGGGCUAUAGAUCAUAUUGUUGUCGUAAACACAGCCAACCCCCCAAGUGAGGUUCGAGAAAACUUUGAUCCCAUUAACCCCAGCAACUGGAUUUUUUUCCCAGGAGCACAGAUUGAGCAUCAGUGUCAAUCUCAUGGCAACGCACUUGUAUUUGGAGACAGAAAUCAGACCACAACCUAUGCAGUUACCAGAGAGCUUAACUUUGAUGUUACAGAUGUUAGGAAAGAUGCAAGUUUAUUUGUGGAUUUCUCUAAUGGGAUAUCUAGUCUUAAAGUGGAUAAUGGCCAUGUUGGAACAGAAUGUGGGAUUGUUAAGGAGGGCAAAUCACUGAUAUUUAAUGGCAAGAAGAAACGUCAAGUGUGCACAAGCAAAUUUGACCUCAGAGAUGUUUCUACUGUGCGCUUCUACUUUCAGUAUGGUGGAAAUAUCUGCCACAGCAGUGCCAAAAGUCCCCCUGUGCUUAUGUACCUUCAAGAUGAGGAUGAGCACACUCUUGUUAUAAGAAAUCUUGAAGCUGAGUUUUUUCAGGUCCCACAACUAGUGUCCUAUCCAGUUGUAAACGUGACUACUCACAAGAAGAGCCACGGCAAGGUUUCCCUCUGCCUGCUGCAAAAAUCCAGUGGGGGUGUGGACAUGGAUGUCUGGGCUAUUGAUGAUUUAACACUACUUCCCCUGCUUCCUAAAGAGUCCAAGGAAGAUGGGGAUAAAGUGCUGCAGGCUACUGUCAACCUGCAGUGUGGCAAGGAAGCAGAAAAACAAACUAGUGUCAGCUUUGAGUUCAGUACAGACCAUGGGGCCAGCUGGAAUGAGUUCUAUGUUCCUUGUUUACCUUCAACAUGCAGUGGUCACCACCAGUCAUUGUCCUCUUUAGUUACAGCUAAAGAACUUUCAGGGUGGAACAGGAUAACAUUACCUGUGCCAUAUGCUGCUCAAACUCCUAAUACAAGGUUCAGAGCUAUUUACGUCGGAGAUGUGCCUUCACCAUGGGCUAUAGAUGAUGUAUUCAUUGGUUCUUGUAACAAAUGGUGUAAUGGACAUGGCAACUGUAUUGAAAGUGGUUGUAGCUGUGACUUUGGUUAUGAGGGAGACGCAUGCGAGAAGUCUGUGAUACCAGUCAUCUCGUCAUUCCAAGAAAACUUUGAGGACCCAUCAGUGACUACAACAUCAUCUCUGAUUGACAGCUCAGGAGGUUCUGUAGGCUACCAGUGUGGGGUGGUAUCCUCAGGAAAAGCCUUGGUCUUCAACAAGGGAGGAGUCAGAAGUUUGACAACCACAGAAAUUAACUCCACCUCCAUAGGAUCUGUACAGUUUACCCUUAGAAUUGGAAGUCAAUCUGUUAUGUCCAGCUGUCCACCACCAGAUGCUCCAUGGGAAAAUGUGCUUCUGGAAUACUCCUGCAAUGGAGGAAUAAGCUGGUCCUUGCUUUCAGAAUUCCAAAUAGCUAAUUUCCAACAGCCAAGAUCCGCCUCCAUAUCCCUCCCCAAAGAUGCCCGACAAAAUCUGUGUCAGUUUCGCUGGAGGCAGCCCAAGCACUCAGGAUUUGGGAAGGAUGUUUGGGCCAUUGAUGACAUUGUUUUUAACAGAGAUAUGACAUCCAACCUGCUUGCUGUUGAAAUGAUGGACCUGCCAGAGAUUGAUAGCAGACUCACAACCAACCUUGGGAAAUUAGUGGACAGUUUCUGUGGUAGAAUGAGAAGUGUCACUUUUUCCAACAAGACAAGAAAUGGUGAGCCCCGUUCUCUGGUGUCCAAGGACAUGCGGGUUGGACCAGGCUACAUAGCACAGUUUGAUCUUGUUAUGGGAUGUGGUGUGCCAUACACACCUGGUCUUGACAACCAAGUGUAUUUUCAGUAUUCUGUUGACCAUGGCAUCAGUUGGCAUCUGGUUGAAGACCCCUGUCUCCCCCCAGAUGUGUGCGACACCUACCGACCUGGCACCAUCUACCACCAUUCUCAGUUUGACCACUGGGACACAAUAACCAUUGUUCUCUCACCUGAUAUUUGGAGUCAACAAACCAAAUUUCGCUGGAUGCAGCCUGAUUGGUCUGAAACUGAUGUUUGGGGAUUGAACAGAAUCUAUGUUGGCUAUCCCUGUCCUGAGCUCUGCAAUGGUCAUGGUAUAUGCCAUUCAGGUACCUGUAGAUGUUUUGAUGGCUUUAUUGGUGAAACAUGUAAACCCAAGUCUCAGAUGAACUCCAGCAUCCGUGCUGAUUUUGGCCACAGAUAUAAACCUCAGAAUGACUUCACCAUAAGGGGUGGAAAUGUGGUCAGAGCUGAUGAAGGAUGUGGCAUUAUCCUGUCAGGGGAAAGCUUGUACUUCUCACAGGAUGGUGUGAGAGAACUCCUGACCAAAAACUUAAACACAGAGGCAGCAGACUUUAUCCAGUUCUACAUCCAGAUUGGAGGUGGGGGAUCCAAGUGUAGGGGGGCUGAUAAAAGAAAGGAGUCAGUUCUGCUUCGGUACACAACAAAUGGGGGAAUCACCUGGACACUGCUUGAUGAAUUACAUCACAUGGAACACAGAAAACCCACGUUUGUGCAUAUAGAACUUCCAGCAGCCUCCAAAUCCCCCAACACACAGUUUCAGUGGUGGCAGCCUGCCCAUUCAGGUGCAGGCAAUGACCAGUGGGCAGUGGAUGAAAUUCUUAUUGGGAGCUACAAGAAUUUAAGAACACUUGAAGAUGAUUUCGAGGAUUAUUUGGAACCAAUGCUAUUUGACCAAUGGCGACUGAUAACUGAAGGAACCAAUGGGAAAUACUGUAGGUCCACAAACCCUUCUCUUGUAAUGACCAAUCAGGUGAAUGAUAAGAUAGCUGUGACCAAUGACGUUCACCUUCAACCUGGGGAUGUCAUUCAGUUCGAGAUAAAUGUUGACUGUGGCAAGAUUUUCCGAUGGGACCAUCCAGUCAUAUUCCAGUUCAGCCAUGACCAGGGUAAGACAUGGAACCUGGUGGAGGAUCCCUGCUACCUCCAUCAGGACUGUGAUGGUGACCUCACUGAGGGUAGCAUCUACUACACUGGCACACAUGGACAGUGGACCCUGGUUGUGAUACCUGUCACGGAGAAAAUUGCCAUGCAUCCAACAAUAUUUCGCUGGAUGCAGAGUGGGGGUGUGGAUUACAGCUUUAGCAUUGAUAAUCUGUACAUGGGUCCACCUUGUACAGACAACUGUCACAACAGAGGUGUGUGCAAGAAUGGUCAGUGUGAGUGCCUGGACACUCUCCAAGAUGCGGCUGGUGAAAACUGUGCAGCUGUCAACAACCCUCCACCUGGUAUGCUUGACCGCUUCGACAACCGUAACAUGCCCUCAAUGGACUUUUGGGACAGAAUAAUUGGAGGACAUCUGGGGAAACACUGUGGGGUGAUUGACUAUGACAACGCCUUGUAUUUUGGUGGGGAUGGCACCAGAGAAGCAAAGACAGUUCCCUUAAACACAACUCACAAAAGGAUUUUAGAGUUUUCUAUCAAAAUUGGAGGAGCUUUUAAUUCUGAGACCUGCCGCCAACCAAGGAGCCGCAAUGAAGCAGUUAUAGUUGACUAUUCAACGGAUAAUGGAAUCACCUGGAAAGUGCUGAAGGUGGUUGAACCAACCUUUGAAGAAAUUAAACCCAGUUCUGUGGUGAUCAACCUACCGUCUGAUGCUAGGAAAAACAGAACUGUCUUUAGGUUUUGGCAGCCUUUGGGUCUUGGAGAAAUGCCCCGAGCUGAAUGGGCUAUAGACAGUGUACUGGUUGGUGUUAAUGAGACAAGUCCAGCAGGUUUUGAGGAUUCAUUUUCAGGGCCUGGACUUAUGCCUGACCCCCACAACUGGUUUCUGGCAGAUUCUGCUGUGCAAAGAGAAACUUGCAACUCUCAAAACAAUGCACUGGAAUUCAAUAAUAAAAAGGACAGACAACUAGCUGAAACCUGGGACUACCAAGUGACCCCUUCAACCUUCCUACAGUUUGAUCUAGCUAUGGACUGUGGCUCUCUCUCUGGGGACCUCUACAACAUUAAACUUGACUACUCAACGGACCACGGUCAGACCUGGACACCAGUGGUCAACGAGUGCUUACCUCCUAACUUUGAAUGCUCUGGCUACCACCUCAGCUCAGUCUACCCGUCUAACCAAUUCUCUAACUGGACCAGAGUGACAGUCGCAUUACCUGAGAAAGCAAUAUCUCCUUCUACACGAUUUCGCUGGCUAAGACCAUCACCAGUUAAAGGGGGACCAAUCUGGGCCCUGGAUAAUGUCUACCUGGGUGAUAGCUGCCCUUGGUUGUGUUCAGGGCAUGGAGUUUGUCACAAUGGAACUUGCGUUUGUGAUCCAGGAUUUAGUGGGAAAUUCUGUGUACCACAUGACCCGCUCCCUAUGACAUUUCGUGAUGAUUUCAACUCUAAAAAAUCUGAUGAAUCCAUAUGGAAUGAGGUGUAUGGAGGAAGCAACAGUGACAUUUGUGACCCAGUAGUUAGUGGACGGUCAUUCACAUUUGAUAAGAAGGGAUUGCGUGUUGCUGCAACAAAGGACAUGGACACAUCUAUGCUGGUUUCAAUGGAGUUUUACUUUAAAUAUGGCUGCGGAUCAGAGGCCCCAUUCUGGCCAAGAAACCAAAGUGUUCUCCUUCAAUACUCCAUUAAUGGAGGUAUUAUCUGGAAACUUAUCAAGGAGAUUCAUUUUUCUAACACAUCACAGCCUAAAUUCUAUACCCUGUCUUUGCCGCUUGCUGCUAGACAUAACGCAACUAGGUUCAGGUUUUGGCAGCCUGCUAAUGGGGGAGAGCUUCACUCCAUUUGGUCGGUGGAUAACUUGUUUAUUGGCACUAUGGGGUCGAACCCCAACUCUCUGUUUGACAACUUUGAUGCUGCUGACCAGCCUGAUCCCAUGUCCUGGACAUUUGUUAAUGAUGGAGCGGUUGAGGAAUAUUGCUCCAGGCAUAACCGUCCUAGCACAGAGAUCAAAGGGCAAUCAGCCUUGGUGUUUAGCCACAAUGAAGGGGGAGAACUUUCAGCCAUUACAUCAGACCUAGAGAUUGGACCUAUGUCUGUUUUACAGUUUGACAUCAAUAUUGGUUGUGGAGCUGAAGCAACAUCCAAAUAUCCAGUUCGCUUGGAAUAUUCUACUGAUGGUGGCUCCUCCUGGAGUCUUGUUGGGGCCAACUGUGCUAAGGAUUCCCCUGCUUAUUGCUUUGAGAGUACUCUGCCCAUGACUGUCUACUAUGCUGGAGAUAGUUUAUAUUGGAGGCGUAUCAUUGUCCCAUUGAAUCACCUCCAUUUCUGUGGCACAGUCAGGUUCAGAUGGUAUCAAGGCAAAAUCCCUGAUACAGAUUUUGGACCUGAAUGGGCCCUUGACAAUGUUUACAUUGGAAUGGCUUGCCCUGACCACUGCAACGGUCAUGGCACAUGCUUUGGUGGCAUGAUGUGCCAGUGUGAUCCUGGCUACUCAGGUGCAACAUGUGAUGUAGAGACUCCCAACCCUUCCUACCUGAAAGAUGACUUCAAUGGGGUGGAGAGCAGCAAGCCAAAAGUGGAGUACCUGCUUCCCACCUCCAAGAAAGACACCAAACAAAAGGUGAAUGAAGACAACUGGCAAUUCUGGUCAGGAGGACAUGUGACCAAUCGCCACAACUGUGGUAAAGUGUUCACAGAUGCAAACUUAGUACAAAGCAAAAAUGGACAACGUACAUUGACAACUGUACCUCUGGAUUUGUCAAGAGCAAACAUCAUCCAGUUUUACCUGAAGCUGGGCUGUAACAAAACAGUCAACAGAGAGACUCCCCCAGUCUUCCUCCAGUACUCAACCAACGGAGGCAUCAAGUGGACCACCCUGGAGCAGUUUGACUUCAACCCAGAGAGCAACAAGCCUGAGUAUAUCGCUGUACACAUACCUGAGGGGGCCCUGACUGGUGCCACACAGAUACGUUGGUGGCAGCCAUCUAAAGAUGGCAAUUAUGAAGAGGACUGGGCUAUAGAUCAGAUCUAUAUAGGUGGGAACAUGUUUGGCCAGGAAGUUUUGCAAGAUGACCCAAGUGAACUACUGAAUACAACUUGGCUAGAAAGUCCUGGGGCAAGGGUUGAGCCAGUUUGUGGGUCUGAUGAUGUUGCUUUACAUUUCAGAGACAAAGAAUAUGAAAGGUAUGCCAGCACUGCAGACGUGAUGGUAGGGGAAGGCAGUGUCAUACAGUUUGAGUUGCUGAUGGGUUGUGACUCGGCUAAAAAUACAGAUCAACCUUGUUUUGAGUUGACUUUGGAGUACAGCCUGGACAUGGGCAACAGCUGGCAGCUACUUAAGUCUCCCUGCCUGCCAUCCAUGGUUGAAUGUGAGCACUACCAUUCUAGCAGUGUCUUCAGAUCUGAUGCUUUCAUUGGCUGGAACAGGAUUAGUGUGCCUAUACCUAAACCUGCCUGGUCAACCCAAACAAGAUUCCGUAUACAUCAGGCCCCUGGCUACAUAUCUGGUCAAGACUGGGCAGUCCAGCACUUGUAUGUUGGUGCCACAUGCCCUGGCAAAUGUCAAGGUCAUGGAAGAUGUAUGGAGAGUCAAUGCCUGUGUGAUGAAGACUGGGGUGGUCUGGACUGCAGAGAGCCCAACUUUCCUCUACCUGCCCUCCUUGUUGAAGACUUCUUGUCUGGGUACAACUCAAGCAAUUGGGUGAAGGUUGUAGGUGGCAAACCAAGCCAGCCGUGUCAGUUGUUGUCUGCAGGGGAAGCUCUACACUUUACUGGGCCAUGUUCUCGUCUCCUGGUCACAAGAGCCCUAGACCUGAGUUCAGCCAUGCUUAUACAAUUCCAUUUCUUGUAUGGCUGUGUGAACAGCCCCACCAAGCGUGAUGAAGGGGUCAUCCUGGAGUACUCAACUAAUGGAGGCAUUGACUGGCAUUUCAUCACUGAGAUGCACUACAAUCUGUUUAGAACCCCAGGGUUUGUGAGCCUGAAAAUACCAGAGGGGGCGAGGAAAGAAGGCACCCAGCUGCGAUGGUGGCAGCCCCAAAAUGGGAAACAAAAAAUAGCUGACUGGCUAAUUGACGGAAUCAGAAUUAACGGUGAAGAGAUCAACCCAGCGCACGUCUCAAUAAACUUCACCUCGGGCUUUGAGUUCUUAGACCUGGUGACAGCUGACAACAUGGCUGUAGGCAAGUACUGCUGGAAGGAGGGAGUUGCUGUGGGGAGAACAAAAGCUUAUGAACCCUCCACACUCUCCUCUAGAGAUGUGAAGACCAGCGACAAACAUGUGCUGCAGUUUUCUAUCAACGUGGGCUGUGGAAAACCUUGGAAUGUUAGCAUAAGACCUGUGAAUGUAGAGUACUCCACUGACCAUGGUAUGACAUGGGUAGAUUUGGUUUCCCUGUGCUUUGAGGACAAACUGUGCCAGCCACAUUCUAGUAUUGCUGCCUCACAUUAUCACAGUGUCCAUGACAACUGGCGGAGGAUUGUCCUCCCCUUACAUGGUCUUCCUGUUUCUAAUGGAACCAGGUUUCGUUGGCAGCAGCUGCCUGAUGGUAUGCCAGACUCACAAGACUCGGCCUUGGCAGAUAUUUACAUUGGGCCGUCCUGCCCAAGGUCCUGCAGUGGUCAUGGCUACUGUCUGAUGGAGCAGUGUGUGUGUGAUGGGGGCUACAGUGGGGAUGACUGCUCACAAUCUGAGCCUCAUGAAGUACCAAUACAAUUAAAAGACACUUUUGAUAAAGUAGAUAACUUAAAUGCUACUAAAUGGCCCUGGGCCCAAGGUGGCCAUGUACAGACUCCAUGUAAAACAUUAGUCCAUGGCCCAGCUCUUGUGUUUAACGGCCCUGGUGCGAGGGAGAUAGUCACCGCAAGUCUUGAUCUCAGAGAUGCUAGGUUCAUCCAGUACACAGCUUUCAUGUGGAGCAAGGACAGUGUGUACAACCUAUGUAGUCAACCUCCUGAUCACAAAGUUCAAAGUGUCUUCCUACAGUUCUCUAACGAUGGUGGUGUUAGUUGGCAGACUUUGCACAAACUAUCCCCCAUAAGGUACUGGCCAUCCAGAAAUGACUACAUAUCCCUACCAACUGCAGCUAGAACCAACAACACUGUGGUGCGCUGGGUGCAGGCUGAAACCCCACCCAUGACAUCCCCUCGUGUCCACUGGGCCAUUGAUGAUGUUUUCAUUGGGGGCAAGGAGAUCAACCCCAGUGAGUACAGCCAGUCUUUUGAGGAUGAGCCAGCGGUCAAUGAUGACCCUUCAGGGUGGGAGUUUAGUCCAAACGGUGUCAUAGAGGGAGAUGGAGGGGAGUGCCUGGUUGAAGGACAGAGCGGGUCAGCGAUGGUGUGGCCAGAUCAUGUUAACAAGGACAGUGGACACCAAAUGCAGAAGUUCACAACCAACCAGUUGAUUGUUCAGCCUGGGUACAUGCUUCAGUUUAAGAUAAUAAUAGGCUGUGGAAAGUUUGAAGAUGUUUGCACAGCUCCAGACAGUAAAAUCAAGUUGGAAUUUAGAAGGAACCCAAGCACAGAACUCUGGGAGCCUGUACAGCCAUCUUGUCUUCCAGGCAGUCAAAAUGGUGGCUUGUGUAACCCACACAGCCACCAUCAUGCCAGUUACUACAAUGUGUCACAAGUGCCAGUUUGGACAAGGAUUACAAUCCCUCUCUCAGAGGUUACUUUUUCAAGCACAACACAGUUUCGAUGGAUUCAAGAAGGAAAAAAUAGCAGCUCAGCUUGGGCUUUGGAUGAUAUUUAUAUUGGUGAGAGGUGUGAAGAUAUGUGCAGUGGCAGAGGGGACUGUAUUCAAGGAGUUUGUCACUGUGAUGAAAAUUACAUAGGUCCAAACUGUUUACCAAACGCCAACAGAUUAUUGACUCGUCUGUUUGACUCAUUUGAGGGAGGAAUAUUCACAUCCCACUGGCAAACAAUUUCUGGUGGAGGAAUUGGGUUUGGUUGUGGGGCCUUGUUGCCUUACGCCCAUGGGAAAACUCUCUACUUUAAUGGGUGUGGUGAGAGGCAGGCCAUCACUGCUGAACUGGAUACAUCAGAUGCUAUAAAAAUCAUCUUUGUAAUACAGAUAGGUUGUACUGCUCAGACAGACAACUGUAAUGUACAGUUAGGAGAGGGCCCAAAAUAUAGAGGUGUCUUACUGCAAUACUCUAAGAACAAGGGUGCAGAAUGGUAUCUUUUAGCUCAACAUGAUCCCAUAGAUUUCUUGAGACCAAAGCGAGUUGCUUAUGACAUCCCUCAAGCAGCUAAAGAAGUUGGUGUGCAGUUCAGGUGGUGGCAGCCAGUGCAUGAUGGUCAUGGUUUUGAUCAGUGGGCCAUUGAUCAUGUUGAAAUUAUUUCGAGUCGAAGACAUAACAAGAGAGGCAGAAAAAAGAAUUAAAAUAAAUGCUGAGGACUUGAUAGAUAAAUAUUGUAAAUAAAACGACAGUGUUUCUAAUGUUGCAACAUUUUUAUGUAUAGUGUAUAGAUCUGCAUACUUUUAAAAUGUGUUGAAAUUUAUCUAGAAAUAGUGAUAACUGGAUGAAAUUUAACUAUACUAUUAACACUUGAAUCUUGCACCAGAUGUAUAUAUGGUGUAAGGAUGUUGAUUUUGUUAACAAGUUUUUUACUUCACUUUAAUCAAACAUGAAUGUGUUGUUUAAAAUAAAAAUAAAAAUUUUCAAA